CAGAACGUCGCGAUGGAGCCCAACUCACUCAUGUGGGUAGGCUCACCUUGUGGUUUGCACGGACCUUACAUUUUCUACAAGGCAUUUCGAUUUCACCUUGAAGGCAAACCAAGAAUAUUGUCCCUCGGCGACUUUUUCUUCGUAAGAUGUAAGCCAGGGGAUCCGAUUUGCAUAGCGGAGCUCCAGUUGUUAUGGGAAGAAAGGACAAGCAAGCAACUUUUAUCCAGCUCCAAACUUUAUUUUCUCCCAGAAGAUACUCCCCAGGGAAGGACUGUCAGUCAUGGAGAGGACGAGGUGAUCGCGGUGUCGGAGAAGGUGAUCGUGCGGCUGGAGGACCUGGUGAAAUGGACGGUGUGGGACGCGUCGUGCUGGCUGCAGGGCCUGAAGGCCACGCCACUCAAGCCCACCGUGCUGCGGGAGCUGGGCAAGAACGGCCACCACCACCACCACCACCACCACCACCACCGCUACCGGGAGUCCACGCUCAACAGCGGCCUCAACUUCAAAGACGUGCUCAAGGAGAAGGCCGCCCAAUCUGAAGGGCCGGCCCCGGAAGAAAAAGCUGUCAAUCUCCCAGCGACGGGACUCCCAGGGCCAGAACACAGCAGCCAAGGAGCCCAGCGGCUCCGACAGCAAGGCCCCUGCCAAGGUGAAGGCAGAAACAAAGGCUGUGGCAGCGUCCAAGCCCAAGAACAACAGCAGCAGCAGCAGCAGCAGCAGUAGCAGCAGUAGUGGCGGCAACUGUAAGAAGCCCACGUCGGGAGAGGAGAAGCUGAAGUCCGGCGCUGGGGACGAGGGCAGUGAAGGAGACGAGGAGCAGGCCUUCCUCGUGGCCCUCUACAAGUACAUGAAGGAGAGGAAGACGCCCAUCGAGAGGAUACCGUACCUGGGCUUCAAACAGAUCAACCUUUGGACUAUGUUUCAAGCUGCUCAGAAGCUGGGAGGAUACGAGGUGAUCACGGCUCGUCGACAGUGGAAAAAUGUGUACGACGAGCUGGGCGGGAACCCCGGCAGCACCAGUGCAGCUACGUGCACGCGGAGACACUACGAAAGACUCAUCCUGCCCUACGAGAGGUACACCAAAGGUGAGGAGGACAAGCCCCUUCCUCCCGUGAAGCCGCGCAAGCAGGAGGGGAACGGCCAGGAGGGAAGCACCACCUCCACCUCCACCUCCUCCACCUCCUCCACCGCCGCCACCACCGCCGCCACCAGUCCAGCCGGUGCCAAGACGAAAUCGCCGAGCGGCACCAAGCGGCCAAAGAGGAGCAGAACCACCGGCCCAAACUGGACAAGGAGCCCACUGCAGCAGCAGCAGCAGCAGCAGCCGUCGCUAUCAAAGACUCGGACGGCCCAGAGCAACAUCUGUGCGUUGUUCCCGCCCGACCCGGCGCCCGACACGGCCGACAGCGAAACGAGCUCAGAUCUCUCCGAUGCCAUCGCCAGUGUGUCGGGUAAUUCCCCCGGGCACGCUUCCAUGGACCUGAAGAAAGAGGAGGUGGCACCUCCUGAAGACGAGGAGAAGGCACAGCCCAAGCAGGAGGCGCAAGGGGAACCCGAGGGCGGCUGCGCCAAGGAGGAGGAGGAGGGCUCGGAGGUGAAGGAGGAGCCCGAGAGCGUGCGCAGCCUUGAGCGGACGGCGCCCCCUCGUGGCGCUCUCUGGGAUGGCGGGCGGCCGGUCAGCCCGGCGGGAGACUCGGCGGUAGCUGCCCCUCAGACGGACAACAGCGUCACCGCCGCCGCCGCCGCGAGGUUGAACGACGACGAGGUGUUCGCCUGGCAGCCGUCGGGGGUGGCAUCGGAGUACGUGGGCGUGGUGCCCCCUCCGCUGAGCAAGAUGGGCAGAGCGGAGCUGCCCGCGGGCACCAAAGAGCCCCACGGGCACGUCGGCAUGGUGAUGCCCACGCUGCAGCAGCAGCAGCGGCCGUCGCUGCAGCCUCUCCUGGCGCCCGAGAUGCCCACGGAGCGCGCCGAGCUGCCCGGCGGCAAGGACGACGUCUCGUCGUUCGGCUACUCGCCCUUCCUGCCGUACGCCAAGGUCAACAACCCGGGCAUCAUGUCCCCGCUGGCCAAGAAGAAGCUGCUCUCGCAGGUCAGCGGAACGUCCAACGGCAACAACAACAACAACAACGUCAACAACAACGCCAACAACAACGCCAACAACGGCAGCGGCGGUGGGAACUUCUCCUUCGGAUCGCCACCGCCGCUGAUCCCCAGCAAAGGCUCGGGGGGAGGAGUGGUCAUCGGAGCGGAGGAGGCGGCUGCAGCGGCGGCGGCGGUCCAGCAGGGGUCACUGGCCGCGUCCACCAGCCCGGACGGAGGCUUCGUGAACAGGCCCUCGGUGAUCCAGCUGGCCCAGAGCUUCCGGCUCCACGGAGGAGGAGUGGGGGGGCCCGGCGACGAGGCCCAGAGACCCCCCAGCAAAGAGGCCUUUCAGAGGGACGCCAGCGGCGCGAUGGUGCCCCCUCCACCGUCGGAGCCCUUCUCCGCCCACCAUCACCAACACCAUCAACACCACCAACACCAACACCACUCCCAACACCACCCCCACCAACACCACACCCACCCCCACCCUCACCCCCAGCACAAAGGCCCGUCGGGUCCACCGUUGGAGCCGUACCUGCUGCGGUCGGAGUCGCUGGGCGAGACGACGCCGCGUCCGGGCCACGCGCCCAGCUUCCCCGGCGACUUCUACUCGUCGCCGCACCUGCACAGCCUGUACCGGCAGGCCGAGCAGCACCUGGGCAAGGAGCACCUGAGCAAGUACGCGCUGCAGCACGUGCGCGAGGCGUUUCCCAGAGACUGCGAGAGCGGCACGCCGGCCGGGUUCCCUCCCGGUCAGCAUCACCCGCCGCCGCCGGCCGAGGGCAUCGGGCAUCUGGGCUACGGCGCGUGCCUGAGUGCCAAGGACAAGCAUCAUCCGUCGGGCGAGAGAGGAGAGAGGACCGGCGAGGACCAGCCCACGGACUUGAGUCUCCCGAAGUCGUCCCCUCCCAAGCGGCCGUCGUCGUUGUCGCCGUCCCUGUGCGGAGGUCUGCCCCACGCGCCCAUGGUGCCUCUUCAGGACCUGAAGUCGAGCGGCGCGCCUCUGGCCUACCCGGCGGUUGGCAGCGGCGGCGGUCAAGCGUCCACCCUGGACUACCACCCUCGGGCCUGCCGCGUGCCACCCAUGACCAUGUCCGCAUCCGCGUCCAAGAACCCCUCCGAGCCCCUUCCGCACCCGUUCCCCUCGAGGGCCGCGGAGAAGCCCGGGCACCACCACCACCACCACCACCACCACAACAACAGCGGGCACCACAACGGGCACCCCAAUCGUCCGGAGGACCCGAUCGCUGGCCUCGGGGUGGCGGGGUUCAAGGCGGAGGAGCUGGCGUCGCGGCCCAUCCUGGGCACCAAGAGCUGCCCGCAGACCGUGGGCGCGGCGCGGCCCCUGAAGCGGGCGCUGGGCGAGACGGAGAGCGGGCACCCGGAGAAGAAGGUGCGCGCCGUCACGCCCAUGCACUGCUCGCUGCCCCCCCGCGACGCCGCCGCCGCCUGCAAGACCGCGCGGACGCCCGAGCCGCCGCCCGAGGCCGAACCGGUCAAGCGUGCCGACCCGACCCCCCCCCCGCCCCCUCCUCCACCUCCACCCCCUCCCCACGCCGUCCACGCCAACGGGUACGCGCCGUCGCCCGAGGGCCACAAGUACCCGCUCCACGCGCCCAUCUUCCCCUUCUACCCGGGCGCGUCGGUGUUCCAGAUGCACGACAUGUGCGAGGGCAUGGGCGCCCCGGUGCCCGGCGGGUACGCGCACCCGCUGCAGUACCUGAAGAACCAGGCCGUGCUCUCGCCGCUCGUGCCGCCCUUCGCCAUCCAUUCCUUCAUGAUGCAGAGACAGCUAUUGGCUCAGGCCGCCGCCAGUCCCGCCCACCUCUACCAACACCCAAUGGGGCCGCCGUACGGGGACCUGCUCCACCACGGACUGUACCCCAUGUCCGCCCUCAACCCCCAGCCGGCCUUCAGCCCCACGCAGCUGUCGUCCGUACACCCCAGCACCAAACUGUCCUAGAACACCCCCAUCCCACCCGCCCUUCCCAAACCCUUCCUUUUAAGUGACAUUCCUAAUCAACUUCCCCCCUCCCACACACACACACACACACACACACACACACACACGCCACUGACACUUUCAUGGUGCUUCAUCUCCCAGAUACACACAGCCUCCACACGGGACAGUGGACAAUACACUGCACACGCUUUGAUCUGGGAUCCACCGAUUUCCUUUUUUUUUUCUCCUCUUUUUUUUUUUUUUUUUUGUCUUUCUUUCUUUCACGAUUUGCACAUUUCCUUCCUGGUGGAUGCAGUGGUGGUGGAGCCAGCCGGCGGCGGGAGACGAAAACCGCCAUUUUGGCUCUCUUGGCGUCGCUGUUUCCAGCCAGCGACGGGAGACGAAACCGCCAUUUUGGCUCUCUUGGCGUCGCUGUUUCCAGCCAGCGACGGGAGACGAAACCGCCAUUUUGGCUCUCUUGGCGUCGCUGUUUCCGCGGGUUUCCUGCUGCUCUGGAGAAACUAGGCCGGGCACUGGCUCGAGAGAGGGCAGGGCGGUCGACGUGAACAAGGUCGCAUUCUCUCGUUGUAACUGCUGGCGUGUCCAAAGGAAAAGAGCAGGAGGGGGGAGAAACACACACACACGCACACACACACACACACACACAAACAAAAUGAAGCACGUGGAGUGUUAAAAAUCAAUGCAAUGCGACAGUGCAAUUUCAAAUCAAUCUUUUGGCACUCUUUGUUUUAAACACUAUGAGGCUGUAAUCACCUUUUACUGUCAAAAGAUACUACUUCUUUUCUCUUUUUUUUUCUUUUCAUAUAAUCCUUGUGCUUUUUUUUUGUACUAGUGUGGUAGUUAGUGUGUUCAUAUUUCAGGCUGACAGGAGUCGUUAGCGAGAUAUCAAGAUGCCGUUAUCAAAAGAACACCGCGAGAGACCUGCCUCUCGCCCUGACACAGUUACAUGUACAUAGAAGAUAAUUAAAGCUCUCCUUUAAAAAGAAUCUCCAGCGGGGAGCAGGCAGGAGAGGAGAGGAGAGAGAAGAAAAAAAAACAAUGUGAAGUAGAUUUCACGAGAAUUCCAUUUAUUUGCUGGCAUUGUCCCCAGGAGCUUUCUCUCCUUCCCGCCAUCACAGGCUUGUGUUUACCAGAGCAACGUGGAAUGUGUUUUUAUUUUGUUUUUUUUUGUCAAAUGUAGGACAGAGGUGCUUGUAAAUACUUAUACAGAAAAAAAUGAAACCGAAAAAAAAAAAUAUUACAACACGUUGUCACACAUAUAUCACUGGCUACUGUAAUUUCUGACCGCUCUGAGCUGCAAAAAGGUGCGUGGAGG